UCGAGAUGUGCCAUUCCCUCUCUCUGUGUAUCGUCCAAUCAGCGGGAGUCCUGCUCUCCACUUCCGCUGGUAAUUGGGGGAAGAUGGGAACGGCGUGCGCACGCUUGGCACAGGGUAAACACUCGCGUGUCCACGCGCUUCCAGGGAGGAACGGAUACAAGUGUCAGAUGGAAGGCGAGAAAGAGUGAAGGAAGAAAAUAGAUACAAGCAUUUACGUAGACAGUUGUAUCAUUCGGAAUUGUGCAGCUUCAAAUACUUCAGAAAAGCAGCAGAGGAGCCACAGGAGUGUUUAAAAAGUGACAAUGAAUGGUCCUUCUCCAACAAGCCUACUUCGACAGGGAUCCUAGAAGAGAGCGUCAGUUUGUGGGAGAUUACUAAAUCUAUACAUCCAGUAGAACUUUACAGGACGCAAAAAACUUUUCCUUUUUUUAUUCAUAUAUUCACACAAAAAAAUCUCUAAAUAGAAUGCGUAAAGAUUCUUUAUGCACCAAUCUCCGACUUUUUACUGGUGGAACGUAAAUACUAUUUCAUUCCAUUAAUUGAUAAACAAAACAUUAACUUUCAUUUACAUUUUUGUGAAUAUUUUUGUUGGAUUACUUUUGAAUUAUUUUUAUCUCCAUUUUAUGGUAUAUAGUGUAACGCAACAUUCACCACGUUUUCUCAUAGUUGUGAUUUAUUAUUGGAUAAGAGCAUUCUGUUUGAGAAGAGAAGCUGAUCCAACGAGGGAAGAGGGCGAUAACUCACAGGCUUUAUGGUUUGGGGAAUGGCAACAGCCACCUCCAGUCCAUACCUGGCCAGCAAUAGGAUCCUAUCCACCGGCUCCAUCGUGCACUCAGACCGGGGGGUCGGUGGCAUGCAGCGGGGCAGCACCGCAGUCACCUCGGUGUCUGGUGGAUACAGAGGGGACCCCUCCGUGAAGAUGAUGCAGAGUGACUUUAUGCAGGGCGCUAUGGCAACGAGCAACGGGGGACACAUGUUAAGCCAUGCCCACCAGUGGAUGACAUCCCUGCCUCACGCCGCUGCGGCUGCAGCCGCAGUGGCAGCUGCCGAGGCCGGCUCUCCCUGGUCCUCCAGCCCCGUUGGGAUGACGGGUAGCCCGCAGCCGCAGGAUGUGAAGAGAAACUCCGGCAGGGAGGACAUGCACUCAGGCUCCGCUCUACACCACAGGUCUCUGCAUCUGGGCUCCCACCAGGCACAACACCCAGGAGCCUGGGGUGGCACCUCAGCCGCGCAUAUAGCCUCCCUUUCCGAAGGGCAGCAGCAGCAACAGUCGCUGAUCUACUCCCAGCCCGGGGGAUUCACGGUUAACGGAAUGCUCAACUCACCGGGGAGCCUAAUGCACCCGGGGAUGGUGAGGGGGGACUCCCCUGAUCUCGACCACGGCAGUCAUCAUCAUCACCAUCACCACCACCAGCAUCCACAUCACCAGCAGCACCACGCCGGGGUGAGCCACGACCCGCAGUCCGACGAGGACACGCCGACCUCGGACGACCUGGAGAACUUCGCCAAGCAGUUCAAACAGCGCCGGAUCAAACUGGGCUUUACGCAAGCGGACGUGGGCUUGGCACUAGGCACCCUGUAUGGUAACGUCUUCUCACAGACCACGAUAUGCAGGUUCGAGGCGCUGCAGCUGAGCUUCAAGAACAUGUGCAAGCUGAAGCCACUGCUCAACAAAUGGCUGGAAGAGGCCGACUCGACCACCGGUAGCCCCACCAGCAUCGAUAAGAUCGCGGCGCAGGGCAGGAAGAGGAAAAAGCGCACGUCCAUCGAGGUGAGCGUCAAAGGAGCUUUGGAGAGCCACUUCCUCAAAAGCCCCAAACCCGCUGGCCAGGAGAUCACCUCUCUGGCGGACAGUCUGCAGCUGGAGAAGGAGGUGGUCCGGGUCUGGUUCUGCAACCGCAGGCAGAAGGAAAAGAGGAUGACGCCACCGGGGCUGCCACACAGCCCGGAGGACGAGUACUCUCAGGUCGGCAACAUGAGCUCAGACACACCGUCACCCGCAAUGGACUGCAAGCGAAUGUUCAGCGAUACGUGAGAAAAUAACAAAACACAGGACAAUAAUAUUUCUUUAGGCUGCAAUAAGACACUGUCUAGGCCGAGAAAAUACUAGCAAUAGCAAGUGGGAAUAAUACCUUUUACAUGAUAAACAAUGAAACAAGACACAAAUCUUUCAUAUCCAUAUUACUCCAACCUGACCAACCAACAGACCAACGGUGUGGUCUUUAGGAAAGGAGUAGCCUAACUUAAAACAUAUGCGACAUUACACAUGAUCGAAUGGCCCGCGCAAUGAGAGGGUCAACUCUUCAAGUAAUGUUUCUUCAUGUAAAUGUUUGGCGCAUUAGGAUUUAAGAAAUAAUCUUAAUCAGUUUUCAGCCUGAAAUAUAUUCCAAUAAAAUGUGUGUAUGUACAGCAUAUUGACCUUUUAUUUGAUUUGAAACAUGCCAUGCUUUCACCAAAAGGAUUAUGGCAGUUCUUUGGCCCCACGUAAAAAAACAAUGAUAAGCUUUAACCUCUACAUGAUUGCCCUUCUUUGUUUUGUGUGUAAUAUUUCACAUUGUGUAAUAUUUCAUAUUUUAGAACAAAAUAAAUCAAACACACUUUUUUUGUCCCCUUUGCAGCACUUAAUGCUAUUGUAAAUGUUCUCCUCUGCAGUUGUUGAAGAUGCUUGUGGUUUUCACAUGACAUUCCCAAGCAGGCCUUUUAUAUGUUUUCUGUUUUCUUUUUACAAACAAGUUAUAAGGACAAUAUUUUUUAACAAUUGGAAUUAUCUUCACCAUGUUGACUUUCUGUUAUAAUUAAUGUACUAUAUUGAGCAAUAAUGUCUUUCCCCUCAACUUUGCAUUAGGCCUGUGUUAUUUUGUCAUUCAUGACUUUACCGUUUUAUUCAAUGAUGAUAUUUUCAAAGGAACACACAUUCCCAAAAGCUGACGUCGGUGUCGUUUGUUAUUGUAACCUUGUACAGUUCUAUGUGAUGACUUUGACAGUCAUUUAUUUUUAGUGGUUAUUUUAUGAAGGAUUAUUGAGAACAAUACAUUUGUCAUAGCGGAUAGCCUACCUUUGUGUUUUCAAUGUCAUUGUCAGCUUACAGAAAGAAGUAUACGCCAAUUCUGAAUAUCUGAUACGCAGAAUAUUUGGCAUAGGCCUAAUCGAUGCCUACGAUGUGAGAGUUUAUGAUUUACAAUCUUUAUUCAAUGAAAAUAUAAUUAAUUGAUCUAUAAUAUAGGCCAAUAGACUGAGAGGAAACUGCAGGCAGGGGGCUCACUCUUGACCUUCUGACCUUUUCAAAGCGAGAAAAAAAAACUUGCCGUCCAACUCACCGACCUAAAAAAGUAGAACUGGAUCGAAUGAAUGCACUAUAUGCUAUACAUGAAUAGGAAAGCCCAAUAGGCAAUUUCCGAAAUAAGAACAACUUUUCGUGUAAACUCUUGAAGUGUUUUGGUCUGAUAACACAUUUAAAUCGUAAUCAACAGCCUAGUGAAAUUAUGUUUGUAUAGGCUUAUUUCUAUAUUACAGGUUAUGCGCUUUUAGUGCAAUUUAAAUAAAGUCUACAUUUUAGUU